UCGGUUCCCUCUAAACAAACAGCGGAGCUCUCAACUGAAUUCGCUCAGAAAGCGGAUGCAACCGACGCCUUUGGUUAGCGGCAACUCUAGUAGAGGAGGCGGCGGCGGUAGUGAACUGAUUGGAAGUGGGCUUGCCCGCUUUCGCUCAGCUCCAGCCACUUGGUUAGAAGCGCUUCUUGAAGACGAAGAAGAGGAGGACCCAUUGAAGCCCAACCGGACCUUGACUCAGCUACUCGCAUCUAAUAAUCCAACGAGAAAUUCUGUUCCGCUCGCUUCUUCUUCUUCUUUGUCGUCUUCGUUUCUAUCGGGUAAUUUGUUUGAACCCACUGGUUUUCAGAGACAAAACAGCUCUCCUGCUGAUUUUCUUGGUGAUUCUGGCCCCGGGAGUGAUGGGUACUUUUCCAGCUUUGGGAUUCCGUCGAAUUACGACUACAUAUCGCCGAUGGAUGUGUCUCCAUCCGGUGAAAAAGCUAGAGAGGUUGAGUUGCAUCACCCUUCUACUAAAUAUCCAUCUCUGCUGAAAGGGGAACAAAGUGGACGAGUAGCAGGUGAGGUCUCUACUUUAAUGGAGAUGGAGAUAGAGAAGCUCUUGGAGGAUUCAGUACCUUAUAGGGUUCGCGCGAAGAGAGGCUGCGCAACACAUCCUCGGAGUAUUGCAGAGAGGGUUCGAAGAACUCGAAUCAGUGACCGAAUAAGGAAGCUUCAGGAGCUUGUUCCAAACAUGGAUAAGGUCAAUAAUGCACAAUUGAAGAGUAGGGGCUCAAAUGGAGAAAAUUGGAAAAGUCUGAGGGCUUGGACAGGGGUUUUUUGCCUUUUACAAUAACUUUAAUUCCCUGGUAGUUUGCUCAUUGAUUGCACCUUCGGUACUCUUUUGUUUGAUCAUCGCUCUAGUUAAGCUAGAGUUUGUGGGCACAUUUUCUUAUAUAUAUAUAUACAUUUUAUCCUUGUAAUUAUUGAGGAAACUCUCUCUCAUAUUGCUUUUUGGUUAAUCAUUGAGCUAUCUAGCGGUGAUGGGAAUGUGAAAGCUACAAUUUUGAACUAGGAUAAUUUGGAGGUUGCAUUUUAAUUCAAAAGCUAAAUGCGUAUAAGGGAACUUUUGAUAUUUAAUGAGUUUCAGUUUUGCAUUGGAAAUUACUUUCAUCUUUACUCCCAACUUUUGGCUAAGGUGGAGGGUGAACUUCUCUAGAGGAAAUAGUUGACAAUGUAAAUUUUCAAGUCACUAUUCGAGGGUGCAUUGGUGUUGGCAAUCGCUUUGAGAUAUUAGAAUGGAAAAGAAGUUGGACAUUUUCAUUUGCUUGUAAUCGAAAAUGAGCGUCUUAAUAAAAUAAUAAUAGCUUUGAGAAUAUUAAACAUAACUUAUGAAUUUUGCUUGCUUUCUCAAAUUUUUGUAUGAAUAUAGUUUUUUGAUAACCGCAAUUUUGUUGUAUCUUGCUAUAUUUGUCCCGAGUUAUAUAUGAUUUACCAAUUUAUUAUUGAAAAAGUGAAAAAAAUGCUACGUCAAAAAAAAUAUAAAAUAAAUAAAGAGUAUGAUAAAUAUUUUUCUUCUCCUGCUCCAUGAACCUGAUCCAUGAUAGAUCUGGCUUUCUUCUUGCUUCAUCAUACGGGCCCAUCAGAUGGAUCUCUCAAUGUUCUGUUUGGUGAAGG